AGUGGACAGAGAGGAUUCCGUGAAGGACUAUAAAGUUGCCUCCAUGUUUAGAGUUUGGUGCAACUUGAGGAAAACUUAGGCAAAAUCACUAGUAAUAUGAGCUUUCGGGGUCCGACGAUACUGGUGUUUUUGGGUUUCUUGAGUUGUGUUCAUGCUGAUCUGAAGCUGGGCUUCUAUGACGACAGUUGCCCCAAGGCAGAGAAGAUGAUCCUAGAUUUUGUGGAGGAGCACAUCCCAAAUGCACCAACGGUGGCAGCAUCUCUUCUUCGGAUGCACUUCCAUGAUUGCUUUGUGAGGGGUUGUGAUGGCUCUGUGCUCAUCAAUUCAACCAGCACCAACCAAGCUGAGAAGGCCGCGACUCCGAACCAAACACUCCGCGGGUUCGACUUCAUCGAUCGCCUGAAGAGCGUGGUGGAGGAAGAAUGCCCGGGGAUCGUUUCGUGUGCGGACAUUCUUGCGUUGGCGACGCGAGACGCGGUCGGAGUCAUUGGAGGCCCGAUUUGGAGAGUUCCGACUGGCCGUCGCGACGGGUUGAUAUCGAAUUUAACGGAAGCAUUAUCUGAGAUUCCAGCCCCCACAUCGAACCUUAGCUCUCUGCAGACUUCUUUUGCUAAUAAAGGGCUAAAUGCUGCAGACCUUGUUCUGCUCUCUGGAGCCCACACGAUCGGAGUUGCUCAUUGCGAAUCCUUCAGCGACCGGCUGUACAACUUCACCGGGAACGGCGAUCAAGAUCCUUCUCUGGACGGCUUCUACGCCACGAAUCUGAAGAAGAACAAGUGCAGAGACGCCACCGACGAGACCACGCUCGUGGAAAUGGAUCCUGGGAGUUUCAGAACGUUCGAUGUUGGAUACUACAGGAAUCUGCUGAAGCGAAGAGGGCUCUUCGAAUCCGACGCAGCUCUGACCACGGACGCCGCGGCCAAGGCAGCCAUCGUCGAUCUCGUCGACAGCCCUCCGCAGACAUUCUUCGCCGGGUUCGCGAUGUCCAUGGAGAAGAUGGGCAGCAUCGGAGUCAAGACGGGCUCUUCAGGUGAAAUCAGAAGGAACUGUGCGGUCAUAAACAGCUGAGAUUGGUGUUCUCGAGCAAUUUAUGCUGUGGGAUCUCAAAAAUAAAUGAACUGUUGCAGUGUGUUGUUCUUUGGGGAUCUAAGUAUUCGAUCUAACAAGCAUUAACAGGAUCUUUCCUUUGUUCUUAUCAUC